GAGCCGGAAGGAGCGCCGCGCCACUCCCCGGAGACGCCGAACCGGCCGGCGGGGGCGCCCUCGGGGCCCGCCCCGCGCAUGGUGAGUUGUGUGAGUCCGGUCCGGGAGGAAGUUUGUGCAGAGGCGCCGCCGGGGGGGGCUCUCAGGCCCCUCCGGGAGCCAGCAGGAGCCGGGCCGCCCGCGGCUGUUUGCUGCCCUCCGGCCGGCCGCGGUAUCUGGGGGCCAGUUCGGCCUCCUUUCCCUAGGUCUUUUCGGAGGCGGAGUUUAGUAUCCAAGUCCGCGGGUGUGAGCGCGCGCGUGUCGGCGCGCCUCGCCCGGCGCCCCCGCCAGUCCUGCCGGAAGAUGGUCAACGACCGGUGGAAGACCAUGGGCGGCGCUGCCCAACUUGAGGACCGGCCGCGCGACAAGCCGCAGCGGCCGAGCUGCGGCUACGUGCUGUGCACCGUGCUGCUGGCCCUGGCUGUGCUGCUGGCCGUAGCUGUCACCGGUGCCGUGCUCUUCCUGAACCACGCCCACGCGCCGGGCACGGCGCCCCCACCUGUCGUCAGCACUGGGGCUGCCAGCGCCAACAGCGCCCUGGUCACUGUGGAAAGGGCGGACAGCUCGCACCUCAGCAUCCUCAUUGACCCACGCUGCCCCGACCUCACUGACAGCUUCGCACGCCUGGAGAGCGCCCAGGCCUCGGUGCUACAGGCGCUGACCGAGCACCAGGCCCAGCCACGGCUGGUGGGCGACCAGGAGCAGGAGCUGUUGGACACGCUGGCCGACCAGCUGCCCCGGCUGCUGGCCCGAGCCUCAGAGCUGCAGACGGAGUGCAUGGGGCUGCGGAAGGGGCAUGGCACGCUGGGCCAGGGCCUCAGCGCCCUGCAGAGUGAGCAGGGCCGCCUCAUCCAGCUUCUCUCUGAGAGCCAGGGCCACAUGGCUCACCUGGUGAACUCCGUCAGCGACAUCCUGGAUGCCCUGCAGAGGGACCGGGGGCUGGGCCGGCCCCGCAACAAGGCCGACCUUCAGAGAGCGCCUGCCCGGGGAACCCGGCCCCGGGGCUGUGCCACUGGCUCCCGGCCCCGAGACUGUCUGGACGUCCUCCUAAGCGGACAGCAGGACGAUGGCAUCUACUCUGUCUUUCCCACCCACUACCCGGCCGGCUUCCAGGUGUACUGUGACAUGCGCACGGACGGCGGCGGCUGGACGGUGUUUCAGCGCCGGGAGGACGGCUCCGUGAACUUCUUCCGGGGCUGGGACGCGUACCGAGACGGCUUUGGCAGGCUCACCGGGGAGCACUGGCUAGGGCUCAAGAGGAUCCACGCCCUGACCACACAGGCUGCCUACGAGCUGCACGUGGACCUGGAGGACUUUGAGAAUGGCACGGCCUAUGCCCGCUACGGGAGCUUCGGCGUGGGCUUGUUCUCCGUGGACCCUGAGGAAGACGGGUACCCGCUCACCGUGGCUGACUAUUCCGGCACUGCAGGCGACUCCCUCCUGAAGCACAGCGGCAUGAGGUUCACCACCAAGGACCGUGACAGCGACCAUUCAGAGAACAACUGCGCCACCUUCUACCGCGGUGCCUGGUGGUACCGCAACUGCCACACGUCCAACCUCAACGGGCAGUACCUGCGCGGUGCGCACGCCUCCUAUGCCGACGGCGUGGAGUGGUCCUCCUGGACCGGCUGGCAGUACUCACUCAAGUUCUCUGAGAUGAAGAUCCGGCCGGUCCGGGAGGACCGCUAGACCGGCGCACCUUGCCCUUGGCCCUGCUGGUCCCCGUCGCCCCAUCCCCGACCCCACCUCACUCCUUCGUGAAUGUUCUCCACCCACCUGUGCCUGGCGGACCCACUCUCCAGUAGGGAGGGGCCGGGCCAUCCCUGACACGAAGAUCCCUGGGCCGGUGAAGUCACACAUCACCUUCUCGCCGUCCCCACCCCCUCCAUUUGGCAGCUCACUGAUCUCUUGCCUCUGCUGAUGGGGGCUGGCAAACAUGACGACCCCAACUCCUGCCUGCCCCCACUGUGUCUCCGGUGCUGUUUGCCGUCCCCCGGCCAGGAUGGUGGAGUCUGCCCCAGGCGCCCUCUGCCCUGCCCGGCCAAACACCCGGCAUUAUGGGGACAGAGAGCAGGGGGCAGACAGCACCCCUGGAGUCCUCCUAGCAGAUCGUGGGGAACGUCAGGUCUCUCUGAGGUCAGGUCUGAGGCCACUAUCCUCCAGCCCUCCCAAUGCCAACCCCGUUUCCCUGGUGCCCAGAGAACCCACCUCUCCCCCAAGGGCCUCAGCCUGGCUGUGGGCUGGGUGGCCCCAUCCUACCAUGUCCUGAGGCCAGGAUGGGGCACUGCUGCCUUUGGGGACCCACGCUCCAAGGCUGAGACCAGUUCCCUGGAGGCCACCCACCCUGUGCCCCGGCAGGCCUGGGGUCUGCAGUCCUCUUACCUGCUGUGCCCACCUGCUCUCUGUCUCAAAGGAGGCCCAACCCAUCCCUCACCCAGCUCGCGGCUGUCCUCCUACCUGGGGCAGCCGGGGCUGCCAUCCCAUUUCUCCUGCUUCUGGAAGGUGGGUGGGGCCCUGUACCGUGGGGCUGGAAUGUGCUAAUGGGAAGCUCUUGGUUUUCUGGGCUGGGGCCUAGGCAGGGCUGGGAUGAGGCUUGUACAACCCCCACCACCAAUUUCCCAGGGACUCCAGGGUCCUGAGGCCUCCCAGGAGGGCCUUGGGGGUGGUGACCCCCUUCUGAGGUGGCUGUCUCCACGAGGAGGCCAACCCUUGCCAUUGACCGUGGCCACCUGGACCCAGGCCAGGCCCAGCCCGGCGAGUGGUCAAGGGACAGGGACCACCUCACCGGGCAAAUGGGGUCGGGGGGACUGGGGCACCAGACCAGGCACCACCUGGACACUUUCUUGUUGAAUCCUUCCAACACCCAGCACGCUGUCAUCCCCACUCCUUGUGUGCACACACGCAGAGGUGAGACCCGCAGGCUCCCAGGACCAGCAGCCACAAGGGCAGGGCUGGAGCCGGGUCCUCAGCUGUCUGCUCAGCAGCCCUGGACCCGCGUGCGUGACGUCAGGCCCAGAUGCAGGGCGGUUUUUCCAAGGCCUGCUGAUGGGGGGCCUCCGAAAGGGCUGGAGUCAGCCUUGGGGAGCUGCCUAGCAGCCUCUCCUCGGGCAGGAGGGGAGGUGGCUUCCUCCAAAGGACACCCGAUGGCAGGUGCCUGGGGGGUGUGGGGUUCCGUUCUCCCUUCCCCUCCCACCGAAGUUUGUGCUUAAAAAACAAUAAAUUUGACUUGGCACCACUAGGGGGUUGGUGGGAGAGGCCGUGUGACCUGGCUGGCUGUCCCAGUGCCACCAGGUCAUCCACAUGCGCA